AUGCCUAUACUUUCCUUCAUUCAUAUUCCUCUUUCUAUUUUAUAUUUUUCAGUCUCCUCUAUAUCAUCAAAAAAAUCGAAGCAUUCACCUUUUGGCCGCCCCACCUCUACCAAGCUUUGGCCUCCUCCAAUUGAUACAACUGAUAGGUUCUUUGAAUAUCUUAUCCAAUCUCCACAAUCCCAGAUCUUAUGUGCUUCAGAAUCAGCAGCCCCAAUACCAAAACGAUCCACCUCUUUGCCUGAUCAGCGGGAUGCCAAAUCCGAUAGGACCUAUAAAUUACCUUUAACAGAGGUAGCAAAUGAACCUGGAUUUAACGUACUCACGGCUCCUGCGCCUAUCCUCUGGCGAUGGCUCCGCGCUUUCGACAAAUAUCUUCUGGAGCCAAUCCGUUCGGAUUCGUGA